AUGUUAAAGCAACUUGAUUGGAUUGUUGAAAUGAUAAAGACAAAUGGCAAGGAAACUCCCAAAACCAUUGUGUUCUGUGACACCAUGUACUCCAUUGCAAGUGUUUCAACUACCUGAUAAUGUCACUUGGAGAAAAAGCUUUCCGUCCAAGCUCAUCAUGGCAACCAAAAAAUUGUUUGAUUGCCAUAUUUCAGUCAGUUUCUCAUAAAGAGUACAAAGACAGGUUAUUAAAUUCAUUUAAAAACAAUGGACUAAAGCGUAUUGCCAAUGCUACUACGGCCCUCAGUAUGGGACUAAACUUUCCUGAUGUUUGCUAUGUUAUAAUGUAUGGUCCUGCGAGAAGCCUUCUUGAUUUUCAUAAAGAAGCAGGUAGGGCUGGAAGAGAUGGCCUGUCUUUAGACAUUCUAUUAUAUUUCUAUGGUCAGAAGUUGGCACACUGCGAGGAAGAUGUGCGUGACAUUUUGAAAAUAAGUGGUUGCUACCGUAUAGCAAGCUACAAGACAUUUGAUCCAGAGAUUGCAAGUUUGUCUCCAUCUUAUGACUGCUGUUUCCUAUGUUUGCAGUGGUUCAAAUGGUUGUACCGAAUCAGUCAAGCCAUUUGA